AUGAAGCACCUGUCACUGGCCACGGCCGCGCUCGUUGCCAGCACGCAAGCGGCUCUUGUGUCUUGCUGGGAUGUCGCCAGCAAGAAAUCUCUCAUGCACGAGGGCGGUGGUGACAGCCAGACUCUCGCCAACAUGAUCCGCUAUACAAUCUCAAAAUACGGCGCUGAUCCGGCCAAGGUCUUCGCUACCGGCUCAUCGUCUGGUUGCAUGAUGACCAACGUCAUGAUGGCCGUUUAUCCGGACAUAAUCGCAGCUGCUACCUGCUAUUCGGGAGUUGCAGCAGGAUGCCUCGCAGGGAGCCCAGGGUCGAGCCCGUCUACGGCAAAUCCCAACUGUGCAUCUGGCCGUAUUGUCAAGAGUGGCGCCGAGUGGGCUGCCGAGGUUCGCGCAAUGUAUCCAGGAUGGAAUGGCAGCUACCCUCGGUUGGCCACGUGGCACGGACAUGCCGACACGUUCGUGAGCUACCUAAAUCUCCAGGAGCAGAUCAAGGAAUGGAGUACUUUGCUUGAUGUGACGUACGUGAAAAACUUGACGGCGACACCGCAGGCCGGGUACACUGAAAUGGUAUUUGGAGACGGAACAAAGUUUGUGGCCUACUCCGCCGAGGGCGUUGGCCACACGGUGCCAGUGCACCCGCAAGAAGACCUGAAGUGGUUUGGUAUCGUGUAA